UAAGACAAUGUUCAAAAUUUUGCAAUGAAUUAAUCUACCAAUAUUUUUAUCAGUUUACUUAAUAGUGAGAUAAUUAUUUACACACUAGUUUUGAACAGUACUAACGAUGACGAAGUUACUUUUGCUUUUAAUUCUGUUUUGUGCUUGUGAUGCAAUUUGCCCUAAAAAGAAAAUUUUAGACAAAACGUUAAGUCCCAGUCAACGCAAAGAAAUCGUAUGGAUUCAUAAUAAAUUGCGUCAACUUAUCCGAAAAGGACAAAUUAAAGAGCAGCCGAGAGCCAUCAAAAUGCAUCGUUUGAAAUGGGACAACGGCUUGGCCAAACAGGCACAAAAAAUCGCCAACACUUGUAAAUUCAAACACGUGGAAGUGAAAGAUGAGCGUUUUGGAGUUGGUCAAAAUUUAUAUUUGUGGUCAUCCACUGCACCGGAAAAAGGUUUCAAUGGCACAGCUGCUGUAUAUUCCUGGUUUGGAGAAUACAAAUUAUAUAAAUAUCCUCAUUACAAGAAGGAAAGUGGACACUACACUCAAGUCGUUUGGGCUGAUACUAAAUACGUAGGUUGUGGUUAUACGUAUUAUAAAGCUAAAAAAGGGGAAUUCAAGUACCACAAGUUGUUUGUUUGCAAUUACGGACCUGCCGGAAAUGUUGUAGGAGAAGCUCCAUAUAAACGGUAUAAGAGUAGGAGACGCGGUUCAUUUUCACGUAAUCGGAUUUAAAUUGGACGUUUGAGGUCACAAAAUUGUCUAAUUGAGUGAUUUUGAAUGAAUAUUAAUUGUUUUGAUACCGAUGUUUGUAAAAUGUUGAAUAAAUAAUAAUUUUUGUUUUUUUCUCA